CAGAUACAAUAUUUAUAGUCAUUCUUUCUUCGAUCUUCUAUCUACCCUACGAUACAUUCUCGAUUUCGACUAGUCUCCCAAAAAGGUUUCACUACAGAAGCUCCAUUGUGAUUGGACAGACCGUUUUCGUCCAGCUUGAUUCAAAUAGCUUGGCUUACGACAUCACCCGUGACGCAUAAUGCCUUCAGCGGUGAGAACUAAUUUUUCUCCUCCUCCAUCAAAGCAGCUCAAGCCCAUACCGUUCCGUCCGAUGAAGUCCCCCAUUCCCGACUAUCUCAACCGGGUGCUGGAGAAUGCGCGGCCCAUAGAAGAUGGCAAGCCCGCCAGUUACAUCGAGACGCUGGCAAAGGCCGACACGUCAAAGAUAGCUGUGGCGCUGGCGAUGGUGGAUGGCCAGAUUUACUCUGCUGGAGAUGACGAGAUUGAGUUUUCUAUGCAAUCUAUCUCAAAGGCGUUUGUGUACGCGUUGGCGAUUGAGGAUGCGGGGUUGGAUAAGGUGCUGGAGAAGAUUGGCGUGGAACCCUCGGGAGACGCGUUCAACAGUUUGUCUUUGGAGCGAGGGAGCAACAGACCCAUGAAUCCCAUGAUCAACGCGGGAGCCAUCACAGCACACUCUCUCAUCGGGGGACCAGACUGGACAGCAGAGCAACGAUCAGACCGUAUCCUCAAAGCCAUGUCGAAGCUGGCAGGUCGGCAAUUGCGAGUCUGCGAAGAAGUUUACGAAGCUGAGCUGCGAGAUGCGAACCGUAACAUGGGAAUUGGUUACAUGCUCAAAGCAGCUGGUAUCAUCACCGGCGAUGCACAACAGAUCGUGCAAGGAUAUAUCCGCCAAUGCGCUAUUAACGUCAAUGUUCGAGACUUGGCGACUAUGGCUGCUACUCUCUGCAACGCGGGCUGUCACCCUGCGACGGGAGAGAAGAUCAUUCCCCAAGACAGCGUGCGGCAGAUCCUCUCUGUCAUGACGACUUGUGGCAUGUACGAUGCUGCAGGCGACUGGGUAUCGCGGAUUGGCAUACCCGCUAAGAGUGGAGUUGCUGGUGGUAUCAUCGGCGCCUUGCCUGGUCAGAUGGGUAUCGCUGUCUUUUCACCCAAGCUUGACUCACGGGGAAAUAGUGUACGCGGUGUCGCCAUAUGCGAGCAGUUAUCCAGCGACAUGGGUCUUCACAUGAUGGACGUCAGUCAGAUCGCCCAAGCGACCGUCCGCGUAUCCGUGGCGACUAUCCUCCCAGGCGACAACGAGCCACACCACACAAACUGCAACAAAGAAGUCAUCAUCUUCAGUCUACGCGGUGUCGUGCGCUUCGGAGGUUCAGAGCGAUUGACCCGUGCCAUCACACGAGAACUCGGUGAUCCAAACCCCAAGGAUCCUGGGGCUGGCAGAAGCCGCUUCGUGUGCGCUGUGGUGUUCUCAUUCCGCGAUGUGUUCUCGUUCAAUGCAGUGGCGCAAAAGAUUAUUCAGGCGGACAUUACUCGAUUGCUGCUUGAUGGGAGGACUGUUGUCGUUAUAGACCCGGUGGGUGUUUUGGAAAUGAAGACUGCUGAGCGUGCGGGUAGCAACCUCAAGAUUGUGGAUAAUGAGACUGCUGCGAGGGAUUUUAUCGGAGGAAUUGGUUGCCAUACUGUUUCAAAGAAUGAUGAAUGGUGAUUUGGCGUUUUUAAAAAUAAGAUAGAAAAUAAUACUUAUGAAACCAGCUGUGCUGACAUGUACUUGCAUGGACUAAAAUAA